AAUCUAGCUAGCUUGGCGCUGGCUUGGUGUUUUUCAGUUUUUAGUGGUAAAAACAGCUCGCGCUGCAGCUGAUUCAACACUGCCUCGUUAUUCUGGGGAUCUAACCGAGUUAAUAGUCUACUAUAGCAUCAUCCAGCACACCUCCUAUAGUUUAAAACGGUCGAUUAUGGGACGGAGAAUGACGCAGGAUUUCCACGGAGCAGCCGCUGCGGAGUUCACUGUUGACAUUAACAGCCUCCAGUAGGAGACGUCCAGCAAGAGACAGAGACGUCCAGCAGGAGACGUCCAGCAAGAGACAGAGACGUCCAGCAAGGGACAGAGACGUCCAGUAGGAGACGUCCAGUAGGAGACAGAGACGUCCAGUAGAAGACAGACGUCCAAUAGGAGACGUCGGCGGGCCAAUCCGAGUCACAAGACUUGUCCCCUGAGCUGCUGGCCGUCUGCUCUGUUUCUCUCCAGGAUCUGAAGGGAUGGAAAACCCCGGAUACCGCACCGGGAGCUUUGACAGCCUUCAUCACCCCAACAGUGACGAUGAUGAUGACGAGAUGGUGGACAUUGCAGGAGCCACACUGGACUUCUCCACCACGGACGACGACCCCCCUCUCAGCUCAGGAGGUUAUGAUGAUGAGCAGAGCAGCAGCAGCAGCAGAGCAGCCGGUAUGAACGGUAACGGCCCCUCUAAACUGGUGGACCCGCUGGAGGACCCGCUGCCCGGACUGGGCACCUACGAAGACUUCAACACCAUCGACUGGGUCCGAGAGAAGAGCAAGGACCGCGACAGACACAGAGAGAUCACCAAUAAGAGCAAACAGUCGACGGUGGCUCUGCUGCACAGCGUCAGUGAUGCCUUCUCUGGAUGGUUGCUCAUGCUGCUGGUGGGACUCAUGUCAGGUGCUCUGGCCGGCGGCAUCGACAUUGCCGCCCACUGGCUGACGGACAUGAAGGAAGGAGUUUGUCUCAUCGGCUUCUGGUUCAACCACGAGCACUGCUGCUGGACGUCCAACGAGACGACGUUCCAGGAGAGGGACCGGUGUCCACAGUGGCAGAGCUGGGCCGAGCUCAUAACGGGGACAUCGGAGGGUCCGUUUGCCUACAUAGUGAACUACCUGAUGUACAUCGUCUGGGCGCUACUCUUCGCGUUCCUAGCCGUCACGCUGGUCCGGGCCUUCGCUCCGUACGCAUGUGGCUCAGGAAUACCAGAGAUUAAAACCAUCCUCAGUGGGUUCAUCAUCCGUGGCUACCUGGGCAAGUGGACCCUGAUUAUCAAGACCAUCACCCUGGUCCUAGCCGUCUCCUCUGGGCUCAGCUUAGGGAAGGAGGGCCCUCUGGUCCACGUGGCCUGCUGCUGCGCUAACAUACUGUGUCAUCUGUUCACCAAGUACCGCAAGAAUGAAGCCAAGCGACGAGAGGUGUUGUCUGCAGCAGCGGCGGUGGGUGUGUCGGUGGCCUUCGGUGCUCCCAUCGGAGGAGUCCUGUUCAGCCUGGAGGAGGUGAGUUAUUACUUCCCUCUGAAGACCCUGUGGCGUUCCUUCUUCGCCGCCCUGGUAGCAGCCUUCACUCUGCGCUCCAUCAACCCGUUUGGAAACAGCCGCCUGGUGCUGUUCUACGUGGAGUUUCACGCUCCGUGGCACCUGGUGGAGCUGGCCCCCUUCAUCCUGCUGGGGAUCUUCGGAGGCCUGUGGGGGGCGCUGUUCAUCAGGGCCAACAUCGCCUGGUGCAGGAGACGUAAAUCCACUCGUCUGGGUCACUACCCCGUCAUGGAGGUGCUGGUGGUCGCGGCGCUGACCGCUGUCGUCGCCUACCCGAACAGCUACACCAGGAUGAGCGGAGCAGAGCUCAUCGCUGAGCUGUUCAACGACUGCUCGCUGCUCGACUCCUCGCAGCUCUGCGGCUACAAACAGCCAACCAACACAUCAGAAACAGGUGUAGGUAACAGCCUGGCCGACCGGCCGGCAGGAGAGGGCCUCUACACCGCUCUGUGGCAGCUGGCCCUGGCCUUAGUUUUCAAGAUGAUGAUCACUGUGAUCACCUUCGGCAUGAAGGUCCCCUCUGGUCUCUUCAUCCCCAGCAUGGCAGUCGGAGCCAUCGCUGGCAGACUGCUGGGCGUCGGCAUGGAGCAGCUGGCCUACUACAACCAUGACUCGUUCAUCUUUAAAGGCUGGUGCUCGCCGGGAGCAGACUGCAUCACCCCGGGCCUCUACGCCAUGGUGGGAGCCGCCGCAUGUUUAGGGGGAGUGACUCGUAUGACGGUGUCGCUGGUCGUCAUCAUGUUUGAGCUGACUGGCGGUCUGGAGUACAUCGUCCCCCUCAUGGCUGCGACCAUGACCAGCAAAUGGGUGGCAGAUGCUUUCGGAAGAGAGGGAAUCUAUGAGGCUCACAUCAGGCUGAACGGAUACCCGUUCCUAGAGGCCAAAGAGGAGUUUGAGCACAGCAGCCUGACGGUGGACGUGAUGAGGCCCAGGAGGUCGGACCCGGCGCUGGCUGUGCUCACACAGGAGGGCAUGACUGUAGGGGAGGUAGAGGCCUUGGUGGAAAGCACUCACUACAGUGGCUUCCCUGUGGUCGUCUCUCAGGAGUCCCAGAGGCUGGUGGGAUUUGUCCUCAGAAGAGACCUGCUCAUAUCAAUAGACAACGCCCGAAAGCGCCAGGAGGGCGUCGUCAGCGCUUCCCAGGUGGUCUUCACUGAGCAUACUCCAGCUCAGCCUGCCGACGGUCCACCGCCGCUCCGCCUCAGAGGCAUCAUGGACCUGAGCCCCUUCACCGUCACAGACCACACGCCCAUGGACAUCACUGUGGACAUCUUCAGGAAGCUGGGCCUACGCCAGUGUCUAGUUACACAUAACGGGAGGCUGCUGGGAAUCAUCACAAAGAAAGACAUCCUGAAACACAUGGCGCAGAUCGCCAACAGAGACCCCGACUCCAUCCUCUUCAACUGAACUCCGUCCUCUUCGUCAUCCUUCCAUCUCUCCUCUGUAGACCAGCGGGAGAAGAAGACACCAGCUCGGAAACUAAACGCACCUUUUACCUCUUCAACUUUGAUAAAAAAGGCUGUUGGAGAAGGCCAAGUAAGUGGAGCUCCGUUUGCACAUGCGACUAGAGAACAAUGAAUCCUUCUUUUUUUUUUUGUAACGUGGAGGCGUUUUUGGCUUUCCGUUUUUGGCUCAUCCUCGCUGACACUGCUGGCCCCAAUUUCAUGUUCAACCCAGAAGGAUGCAGUACAGGGACACAUGAGAAAUAAGUCAAUGGAUUAGUUCACAUCUGCUCCCUUUUUGGCUUUUUCCAUUCCUACCUUUCUCUCUUUCUAAAGUGAGGAAUGCCAUCUUGCUUCUCUGCAACACCUAAAGAGAAAAACAUUUAAAAGGAGGAGGGAACAGAUAAUCCUCUCUGUCAUAAAUACUGAGGAGAAAUAAAGACAUCAGGGGAGAGAAAGGGCGGUUUGUGGAGCUCCGUGCCCUCCGGCCGUCACAGCGAGCCCAGACAGAGCACUCUGAGCUGGGCUGAUGGAUGCUCUGCCUCCUCCUCCUCCUCCUCCUCCUCCCUCCCUCCCUCACUCCCUCCCUCCUGUGAGGUUUCCUGCAGCCUCGGGGGGGUGAAGCAUCCAGGAGUGUGAGAAGAGGAUCUAAUACACACACUUACACUCCAUAAAGACUUCAUGACAGCCUGGGAACUCUCCAGAAAUGUCUUUAUGUUUUGUCAUAUAGACUCUUGUGAUUAGUAACGCGGCUCCAGCCUGGGAACUAUGCAGUGUUGUCUCGCCAUUCUUCUGAGUGGCGGUUAUAUUCCAAUACAGAAAUCAUAAUGACAAUUCUGCACAAACCACGUCAUGCCUUAUGGAAGGGUGUAGGUGUUUCUGGGCUGCUGUGGAAGGGCUAAAAUAAUACAAAAAGAGAGAAUCAUGACACAUAAGUAAUUUAUGUAAAUGUAAAAUUGUUUGUCCCACUAAAUUAUUUCACUGAC